GAGGCAGAAGGUCAGAGUGGCAUUUCAGGCGACAGCAAGCCAGACCAAGGCGCUGCAAGCAUGGGCGAGCAUUGCACGACGGACAGACCAACUCCGGCCGGCCAAACACCUUCAGGCGAAAUCACGAAAUUCCACGACGUAGACACCUACAUCACCAAACCCGCCGACUACCCACACUCACCCGCCAGGCUCCUCCUACUCCUCACAGGCGGCACCGGCGUCCAUAGCACUAACAACCAACUCCAAGCGGACAAAUAUGCUUCCGAAGGCUAUGUCGUUGUCAUGCCAGAUCAGUUCGGCGGAGACGCCGCGCCCACCACCACCACUUCUGUAGCCGCGGACGAGAACCCAAGCCUAAUUGAGCAGGUAAAGUUGGGUAUGGCCACCGUAGCCAAGUCCUUCACAAUCGAUAUGUGGCUUGCGCGACACACGCCGGAGAAAGUGCUACCUAUAUUAAUGAAAGUGCUUGAUGCGGUUAAGGAGGAGUUUGCGGACGCUGUGGCCAACGGCGACGGGAUCUAUGCAGUCGGCUACUGUUUCGGAGCCAAGUACGUCCUUCUCCUCGGCGCCGAGUUGCAUCGGGAUGUUGCUGCGGGCCAGCGAGCGCCGGAAGCUGAGGCGGAGGAGGGAAUGGUGAAGCAGGGCCCAAGGAUCAAGUGUGGUGCGAUCGCGCAUGGGACGUUGAUCGGCAAAGAGGAUUUGGAAGGUGUGAGUGUGCCAAUGUGUGUGGUGGCUGUAAAGGAUGAUCCAUUGUUCCUAGAUCACGUGAGGGAUGAGGGUAAGAAGGCGAUGGAGAGCAAAGGGCUAAAGCAUGAGGUGAGGGUGUACGAGGGUGUGCCGCAUGGGUUUGCGGUGCUGGGCGAUUAUGCAGAUGCGAAGAUUGUGGAGGCGCAGAAGGAAGCGUUUGGGCAGAUGCUGGCGUGGUUGAAGGGGCACUAAGCUUGUGCUGCUCAACCUCGAAUGAUCUGCGAACAACCACUAGACGGUGUGACAUGUGACGAAAGACUUGGAAACAGCGAUGAACACACAAGCGAGGUCUGCUUGCACGAAUCAUGAAUAGAACGGGUAUCAUAUCAACUCCACAUCCCCCCUUCUCACCCCAUCUCUCACAUCCUUCCACCUCAACACCCACACAUCACCCCUCUUCAACUCCACCACACCCGCCCCUUGCUCGCCCUGUACCACAACCUCGCCUGCGUUUCUCAGCACCCGGCAGAACACAGCCGUAUCCUCGUCCGGUUGAUCGACCAUGCUGACUCCGCCCGCUGUGUCGUCGAGCUUCUGCAGGUUGGUGGGGAAGGUGGAGAGGAAAGAAGCGUGGUAGUGGUAAGACAGAAGAGCUUGGUGGGAUUGUAGGUACUGCUGUUCCAGGUGCGAGAGGAUGGUGGGCUGGUUA